GGGGCUUAGGGUGUCGCCGUGGUGGCUCCCAUUCGAAGGCGACGGCGGUCGUCUAUAUUUCGGCUUGUAAUCUCUCAAGAAAACAAAAUAGCUGCGAAAAGGUCGUCAAUUUGACACACGCUCGCCUUGACUUUUCGUUCAAAUUCUUCUCGGCCGAGGUGAUAGCAGGGGUUUGGAAUGACGGGGUGUGCCGAGAAUUUGAAUUAGCUCGCUGUUAGUUUGAAGAAAGAGUGAGUCGGGGUAGAGAGGAGCCAUUUUGUCCCGACUGUGUGGGAGAAAGAAAGAGUGGAAAAGAGGAAUCACACGGGAGGAGAUCCGAUCCUAUUUUUUGCUUUCUGUUCUCAUGCUGUAGGGGAAAAACAGUCGGGCUUGGGAAAUAACCUUACCUUUCGGACACGGUGGUUCUGGCACGGUAUUUUGGGCAGUAUUUAGCCAACGAGCUGGCCAAGCUAAUCAACAAAUCCCAAAAUUGUAACGUUACAGCCAAGAGAUACGGAUCGUUUUGUCAGGUUGGCUAAAGGAGCUGGCUUUAAGACCUAACUUAGCCGUGCUAGAUUAUUGUUAUUAUUGUUUUUUUUUUCGUCUCGGGUCUGGUGAACACAAGCUGUUUUUUCAAUGGCGAAGAAGACGUACGACUUGCUGUUCAAGCUGCUUCUUAUCGGAGACUCGGGCGUGGGGAAGACCUGUGUGCUGUUCCGCUUCUCUGACGACGCCUUCAACACAACCUUCAUCUCCACCAUAGGAAUAGACUUCAAGAUCAAAACUGUUGAAUUACAGGGAAAGAAGAUCAAACUACAGAUCUGGGACACAGCGGGCCAGGAACGGUUCCACACCAUCACCACCUCCUACUACAGAGGAGCCAUGGGCAUCAUGCUGGUGUAUGACAUAACCAACGCCAAGAGCUUUGAAAACAUCAGCAAAUGGCUGCGUAACAUUGACGAGCAUGCGAAUGAGGACGUGGAGAGGAUGCUGCUAGGCAACAAGUGUGACAUGGAGGACAAGCGGGUCGUACCAAAAGCCAAGGGAGAGCAGAUCGCGAGGGAGCAUGGCAUUAGGUUUUUUGAGACGAGUGCUAAGGCCAACAUCAACAUCGAGAAAGCUUUCCUCACGUUAGCAGAAGACAUCCUCAGAAAGACACCUGUAAAAGAGCCUAACAGUGAAAACGUCGACAUCAGCAGCGGAGGCGGAGUCACAGGCUGGAAGAGCAAGUGCUGCAGUUGAACAACUCACCUCUGUCCCACUCACACACUAUCACUCACAUUACGCACACGCACACACACACACACACACGUACAGACACACAUAUACACUAACACACUCUCACAAACACACACGCACACAUUCUGUUUUCUCUCUCUCUCUAACUGCUAACUCUAACUCUCUUGCCCUCUAACCUGUCUCAUGAGUUUUCUUGCACACUGACACACUGUCUCUGUCUCUUUAUCAAAAUAAACAAUAAACCACUUCACUCAUUUAACCCCCCUCCCCCAUUGUUCCACUCUCCAUCUGAUGAUCAUUUUUAUUUCUGAUAAAAAGAGAAAUCAUGUCACGUUUCUUGUCAUUUGUUUUAAAAGUUGCAAAGAAGAAAAAAAAAAGUGUGAAAAGACAAGCUCACAUUUUUAAUAUUUCCUUUGCCUGAACUCACCUGGUUGGACACUCCCCUUUCCCCCUCCCCACUCCCCCAACCCCAGACCCCCCCCUCCCCACCCCUCAACACUCACCUUCAGUCAGAGGAAAACAAAAAACAAAAUAAAAACAGAUAAAAUAAAACAAAAAGAGACAAAUGUAGGAUUAACAUUUUGUACACUUAGUGGGGUUUCUGUUGUCUAACCGUAUUUGGUCAUUUACAAUUUGUUACCAAGUGACGGAGGCGUGGCUAGCUCCUUUUGUAUGUGGGGUUUAUUUUGUCCUGUGCCUUAUAUGGAAGACAGGGGCGGGGCUGUGUGGUGGGCGGAGCCACAUCCACCCAAUGAAAUUACAAUUUAAUAUUCUGUUAGUUCUGGCUCUGCCCUGCGAAGCGGAACUGAAGCAGAAGAGUUUGAAUUUCUCCUCCAGCCAAGAGAACGGCAUUAUUAUAUGUCCUGUUUAUUGAUGUUUUGUUUUAUUUUUUUUCUUGUAUGAUUUAUUUUACUUUUAUUUUAUUUCUUUGUUUUUUUCCCUUCUUGGGUAUAAUUUUUUUUUUUCCUGCAUGCAGAUUUCUUUGGGUUGGAAGCGUUUCUGUAGCGUUAUUGUAACGUUGUGUAACGUUUGCCACUGGGUAACUGUGGGCGGGAGGUUCAAAAGUUCUCUUUGGAAAUUCAAACAAUUUUGCAGAUCCAUUAAAAAAUAAGCUUGUUUAAGUUAA